AAGUACUCGUCCAAGCUGAGGACCAUGGUCUCCGCUCAGGCUCGCUUCCUCAGUACCUACGAUGGGGUGGACAACCUUUGCCUGGAGGACAUAUACACAGAGAAUAUCCUGGCUGUCCGGAGGGAUGUGGGUGUGGCUGGAUCCCCAAAGAAGAGCCCGGCUACGCUGGGCCUGGAGGAGCUCUUCCACGCUGGUGGUCACCUCAAUGAAGAUGCGGACACCAUGUUGGUGGUGGGGGAGGCGGGCAGCGGCAAGAGCACACUCCUGCAGCGGCUGCACUUGCUCUGGGCCACCGGGCGGGACUUCCAGGAGUUUCUCUUUGUCUUCCCUUUCAGCUGCCGGCAGCUGCAGUGUGUGGCCAAACCACUGUCUUUACGGACACUGCUCUUUGAGCACUGCUGUUGGCCUGACACUGGCCAACAGGACGUCUUUCAGUUUCUUCUAGACCAUCCUGACCGCAUCCUGUUAACUUUUGAUGGCUUUGAUGAGUUCAAGUUCAGGUUCACUGAUCGUGAGCGUCACUGCUCUCCGACCCACCCUACGUCUGUCCAGAAUCUGCUCUUCAACCUUCUGCAGGGCAACCUGUUGAAGGAUGCCCGCAAGGUGUUGACCAGUCGUCCGGAUGCAGUGUCGGCGAGCCUCAGAAAGUAUGUUCGCACAGAGUUCAACCUCAAAGGCUUCUCCGAAGAGGGCAUUGAGUUGUACCUGCGGAAGUGCCACCGUGAGCCUGGGGUGGCAGACCGCCUCAUCCACCUGCUCCAGACAACAUCAGCUCUGCAUGGUUUGUGCCACCUGCCUGUCUUCUCGUGGAUGGUGUCCAAAUGCCACCAGGAACUGCUGCUACUGGAGGGGGGCUCCCCGAAGACCACCACGGACAUGUACCUGCUGAUCCUGCAGCAUUUUCUGCUGCAUGCCUCCCCACCACACUCGGCCUCCCAGGGUCUGGGACCCAGCCUUCUCCAAGGCAGGCUCUCCACCCUCCUGCACCUUGGUCAGCUGGCUCUCUGGGGCCUGGGCACAUGCUGCUAUGUGUUCUCAGCCCAGCAGCUCCAGGCAGCACAGGUUGACUCUAAUGACAUUUCUCUCGGCUUUCUGGUAUGUGCCAAAAAUGUCGUGCCAGGGAGUAUGGCACCCCUGGAAUUCCUGCACAUCACUUUCCAGUGCUUUUUUGCUGCAUUCUACCUGGCCCUCAGUGCUGACAUGCCACCAGCCUUGCUCGGACACCUCUUCAAUUGUCAAAGGCCAGGCAGCUCACCGCUGGCCAGGCUGCUGCCCAUGCUGUGCGUACAGGGCUCAGCGUGCAAGGAGGGCAGUGUGGCAGCUUUGCUGCAGAGGGCUGAGCUGCACAACCUUCAGAUCACAGCGGCCUUCCUGGCAGGACUGUUGUCCCAGGAACACCAGAGCCUGCUGGCUGAGUGCCAGGCAUCCAAGAAGGCCCUGCUCCAGCGCCAGGCCUGUGCCCGGUGGUGUCUGGCU